GGAGUCUCGCGAGAGCGACUGAGCGAGAUCUCGCAGGCCUGUUGUGUUGUGUUGAGAGAGGCUGCGUGGGGGGUUUCGCUUGAUGUCACUGCGUUAGCGCCACCGUUUCUCCUGCUUCUGCGGCGUCUUCCAGUCCUCUCUAUCCACAUACACCCGUUUAGCGACCGUUCGUGGUAACUUACACCAGCGGGGGUUUGACGGAUUUUGGAGGGCGAUGCAGCAGCGCUCGUAAAGAUGUGCGUAACGUUACAGCUGAGGAGAAAGAUGGACCGUCACUCCGUCGAUGAAAACGGUCCUCUACGGCUCUGAGUCACUGUCUUAACGCAUUCACGGUUCAGUUCCCGCAGUCGAGAGCUUCUUCGCGAUGGAUAUGUGCACGGCGAGCGGCAGCAGGCCCUCCGGAUGACAAACAAACACACCGCGAGGAUCCGGAGCCUGCCUGAGUUAGCUAACGUUAGUAACAGACAGUCAGUCACUAUAUGAGGAGGAUGAGGAUGAGCAUCAGCUCUGAGCUCCUGUUAGGAGGAAGAUCAGGCACACAGCCUGACCUUUGAGGAGUUUGUUACUGGACUCCUAGCCAUAUCAUAUCACAUCUCGCCAUAUCAUAUCAUGCAGUCAGCCUCGAGCAGGACCGUCCUGUUCACCGAACGCUGCUGAGAGAGAUUAGCUGAGACCUUCACCCCUGUAUCAGAGCCCAGGACACCUGAGAUGGAUAAACUCACCAUUAUUUCAGGAUGUCUGUUUCUGGCAGCGGAUAUAUUCGCCAUAGCGAGCAUAGCCAAUCCAGACUGGAUCAACACUGGCGAGUCAGCAGGAGCACUUACUGUGGGGCUGGUGCGUCAAUGUCAGACCAUUCAUGGACGAGAUCGAACCUGCAUCCCCCCGCGACUCCCUCCAGAAUGGGUCACCACACUCUUCUUUAUCAUCAUGGGCAUCAUCUCCCUCACGGUCACCUGCGGCCUGCUGAUAGCCUCGCACUGGCGUCGAGAAGCCACAAAAUACGCAAGAUGGAUCGCCUUCACAGGAAUGAUCUUGUUUUGCAUGGCCGCCCUCAUAUUCCCAAUAGGUUUCUACAUCAAUGAAGUAGGGGGACAACCCUACAAAUUACCCAACAACACAGUGGUGGGCUCCUCUUAUGUACUGUUCGUGCUCUCCAUCUUUUUCACAAUAGUGGGGCUCCUGUUUGCGGGAAAAGUCUGCCUUCCUGGCUGAGGGGACGUUCCCAGCUGGGACAGCUGGGGUGUUCAAAGUGAACCGGAAAGAAGCGGCACUCAUCGAGAAGGGCCCACGACAGGGUGUUGGUAUAUGCUAAUAACUCAUUAAACUGUGAAACUAAACAGAAGAUUACUGCACACACUACAUACGAGUGCUCCCCUCUGCCCAACCUGUGCUUUGUUAAACCCGUGCUGUCUUUAAGUUGCACCUUUGAGUUUCAACCCAAAGGAUCAGGGGGGCGUUGAAGUACACGCAGGCCCGUCCGGAAAGGACCGAGCGCAUCCACAGCGGCUGCUUUCAGUACCAUCCUACUUUGGAAUAUAGUUCCGUUAUCUUCUGUUCAGUUACAGUUUGCAGCGUUUCACAGAAGUGCGCCCCCUACCUUCGUGGAGAGGAAAGACAAGUAACUGGUGGAGAAUGAGGGCACUGAUAUAAUGGACAAGUCACUCGGUCCAACAGAUGUUCUCUCUAGCGGCCAAGCAACUGUACGGGACACUUCAGUGUUACAAAAGAGGGAAAAGGCAAAAGGGAACAGUAUUAAGACCAUUUUUGUUCUAGCACGAUACAUGAAGCGAAUGCUCCAGGACUGCCGGUCAGGACCCUGCAGGGCUGUGCCUCGCUGUUACACGCUCAAAUAUUGACGGAUGCGUCUCUGAAUCUGACAUCAUACCAAAAUAAACUCCCGCAUGAGCUCGAGUUGAGUUGAGUUCGGUUCAGUCACAGUUGGAUGUGUUUGUGCUUUUGACUUUACACCUGCUCAUUACUUCUUGUUUUGAUCUCCGGGUUCGCAGAGCCCUUUACUUGUUUGGUUUGUUUUGCUAAUGUGCCAUAAACCUGUUUAGUAGUAGUAUGAAUGCGACGGACAUGAGUUGGGUUUUAGGGAGCACUGUGCAGUAUAUAGCCAUUUCAGUAGGUGAAGCACUACAGAUGUACAAAAAUGAACUCCUUACCUCAGUAUUUUGUGAUUCAGAAUGAUUUUCCCCUCACCAUACCAAUAUAUGUGCCCUGUAACUUAUGUUUUAGCCUUUAUCACAGACCUUUAAUUCCAGUUGUGCGAUCGUGGCAAAUUAUUUAUCUGACACUGAAUAAAAGGAGCUC